UAACGGGUUGCUGUGCACUCGCUAAUGAAAAGUGUUGAUUGAACUGGCUACACUGGUUCAGGAAAAUGGCUGUAGCAGGUGUAUUAAAAUUUGCUCCUCAUCUUCGAGAGCUUCGUCUCCAUUUAUGUCAACGAUCUGCAGCCAGCCAAGGUGUCAGAGACUUUAUUGAGCAGAAUUAUGUUGCUAUGAAGAAAGCCAAUCCUAAAUUUCCUAUCCUGAUUAGAGAGUGUUCUGGCAUCCAGCCCAAGGCAUGGGCUAGAUUUGAAAUGGGACGAGAAUCCAGUGCAUCAUUAGAUGGGCUUACAGCUGAGCAAGUUGCAGAAACUAUUAAAAAGCUGAAUGCAUCUAAGUAAAUAUUUUUUAAUGUAUAGCAUGUAUAUAUAUGUAUGUAGCUGAAUUAUUCUAUAAAUUAAAAUGAUUU